GCCACCUGCCUGGCGGCACUGAGGGAACCUCACGGAGGCCGCCCGGGGCAAGGGGACACCGGAGCCUGCCCUGGUGCCCUCAGGGACCUUCAGUAGGGAUUAACCGGAGAUGAAAAACAAGCUUCGGCUCCGUGGUAACGAUGCCUCUGAGGGAACAUAAGGACUGAAGGAUCUGCAUACUGUACAAGAGAAGCCUGUUCAGAUUACUGCACAUUUUAAAUUGGCCUCAAAGAGGCUAGGCUGACUGGAGUUGGUGAAGAAUCGGAUUCAAAGAUCUAGAACAGGAAAUGCCUUCUGAAGUCACGUGGCCUAUCUGCUAGACAUGUGCAGCAAUUAUACACACUGUCAAGAGUUUCACACCCUCUCCAGGAGGAUUACAGGAGAGCAGGAAGCAGGGCAACGGCGGAAGUGCCAGGGCCGCGGCCUGCCUCGGAGGGAGAGCGGACGGGACCGGGAGGCGCCGCCGUUGCCACAGCCCAGCGCAGCCCCGCCGAGCCGCCAUGAGUGACCAGCAGCUGGAUUGUGCCUUGGAUUUGAUGAGGCGUCUGCCUCCCCAGCAGAUAGAGAAGAAUCUCAGUGACCUCAUUGACUUGGUCCCAAGCCUGUGUGAAGAUCUCCUCUCCUCUGUUGAUCAGCCGUUGAAGAUUGCUCGAGACAAGGUAGUAGGAAAAGACUAUCUAUUGUGCGACUACAACAGAGAUGGAGACUCGUAUAGAUCACCCUGGAGUAACAAAUAUGAUCCUCCCCUGGAAGACGGUGCCAUGCCAUCUGCUCGGCUGCGCAAGCUGGAGGUGGAAGCCAACAAUGCCUUUGACCAGUACAGAGACUUGUAUUUUGAAGGUGGAGUCUCCUCUGUCUACCUCUGGGAUCUGGAUCAUGGUUUCGCCGGUGUGAUCCUCAUUAAGAAAGCUGGAGAUGGAUCAAAGAAGAUUAAGGGAUGCUGGGAUUCCAUCCACGUGGUGGAGGUUCAGGAGAAAUCCAAUGGCCGUACUGCUCAUUACAAGCUGACCUCCACAGUGAUGCUGUGGCUGCAGACUAAUAAAACUGGGUCUGGUACCAUGAACCUUGGAGGGAGCCUUACCAGACAGAUGGAGAAAGAUGAGACUGUGAGCGACUCCUCUCCACACAUAGCCAAUAUUGGACGCUUGGUAGAGGAUAUGGAAAACAAAAUCAGAAGUACAUUGAAUGAGAUUUAUUUUGGAAAAACAAAGGACAUCGUUAAUGGGCUGAGGUCUGUGCAGACUUUUGCAGACAAAUCAAAACAAGAAGCUCUUAAAAAUGACCUGGUGGAGGCUUUGAAGAGAAAGCAGCAAAGUUAAAAUACUCUUCAUGCUAACGAGACUUGCCAUGCACUCAUUAGAUUCCUUUCUUAGAAAACUCAUUUCGCCCCCACCCCUUUUUCUGUUACAUUACAUCACAACUUGCAUUCAAUACUGCCCAUGCAACGCCAUCUUCUCCCCGUGAAUAAAGCUGUACAAACUUU